UUCACUUUGGUUGCCAGGAAACACACAAAGGCAAGCAGGAGCAGAUGAAACAAAGAAUUGCACAUCGCUGAUAAAGUGGCCUUCGGAGGCAAGGCCUCCGUUGGGACAGAAGUCUUGCAGGGGCAAGUCACACAAGAAAAUGGAGUUUAAACCCCUGACAUGCUAACGGAAGCAAGGUUAGCCAAAGAAGUUCUGAGAAAUUGCUUUUUUUAAUGCGUUUCAAAGGAGAUUUACAAGCUGCGUUCUGUAUUGGUUGGUAUAAACAUGGGGGGGAAGCUUUAUCCAUUUUUAAUCAAGCCAGAUUAAACAGAAUAUAAGGAGGGGUGUUUUAAAAGGAUUCGAUUGUAGAUUUUGAAAGUAAACUGUGGAAUUAAAGACAUGUGGGGGUUGAGGGCUUUUACUCCCUACCUUGAACAUUUUGGCUUGAACAUUUUGUCUCCUAAUUGUCUGUCUUGAAAUGUGCUUUCAUUUUGGAAUUCUGUUGCUAAAUUGGGUUUGUUUUCAAAGGCACCUGUUGAAUUGAAAAAAAAAAAAAAAAGUAUAGAAAGAGUUGAAGUCAGCUGAAAAGAGGUGAAGCCAUUAUGAGUUACCAGAAUGCACUUGAGUUGAACAAGGGGCCACAGCUGGGGUCAAAGAGCCCCAGGGGAACAGGAAGUGUGGCCACAGAUGAAGACCACCACCCUGCCCUGCUUGAAAACCAGCUCUGUGUGGGCGACUUUCUCAAAAUACAGAGUGCUUUUGAGCCCUCAGAACCAUGUCAGACUAUUUGCAUGUCCAGAGAAGAGUUCAUGCAAAGAAUGACAGAGAUUGUUGGUUGGGGAACAAAGGAAGAAUAUGGGGAGUUCUUUGACAAAGUGGAUAUGGCCCAAGAUGGCUUCAUUAACUGGGACAAGUUGACUUCAUUUAUGCUGUUAGCACUUCAUGAGAACGAUGAACGAGCAAAGGCAACUGUGGUUCCCCAGUGGAAAGACCUUGAACUCCUUCCAACGAAACACAAGGACAUCAUUCAAAAAGUAAUUUUCUUAAAAAGUUCAAAUCGUUAUCUGACCAUCAGUAAAGAAGGUUUAUUAGGAAUCUGGGGAGAGAAUUUAAAGCUCCAAGAAACAUUUCCCAUCACUUCAGAUGCCACCAAGCUUAAACACCUGUGGGUGACAAGUAUGGUUUCUCUGGAAAAUAUAAACAAGAUAGCAGUGGCUUUUACGAGUAAAGAGAUUUGUUUCUAUGAUCUGCUGUCCAAAGGAGAAUUUCCUUGUCAAUAUAAACUCCAAGGCCUGAAGGGAACACCGAUUUGUAUGGAAUAUUGGUAUGACGUCCUUGAUGCCAAUGAAUCGAUUCUUUCUUUUGGGGACAUAACUGGAAAGGUUCAAGCAAUUGUUUUCACGACGGCCUUGAUUUCCCUGUUUGAGCGUCCUGCUAAUGCACGUGAAGACGAAGAAGCCACUGUGACUAUUAACUGGGCAGAGCUGCUCUCUGGAUAUCACAAAUGUUGCUAUACAUUAGAGCAUAAUCUUCAUCAUGGAGAUUGGGUCAGGCAAGUUACUUACAGUGCAUCUUUAGAUGCUAUCAUUUCCAGUACAACCAACAAUACAAACACUGUGGUGCUGGCUUGGAGAGAGAAAUCAAAAAAGCCUCUUAAAAUGACAUCCUUCAAUGUUGCCGAGGGCAUUCAUGCUUUUGAUUACCACUCUCGGCUCAAUUUAAUUGCAACUGCUGGCAUCAACAAUAAAGUUUGCCUUUGGAACCCCUAUGUUGUCUCUAAACCGGUUGGUGUCCUCUGGGGUCACUCAACCAGCGUAAUAGCUGUCCAAUUCUUUGCUGCAAGAAAACAACUUUUCAGCUUCUCCAAAGAUAAAGUUUUGAGACUCUGGGAUAUUCAGCACCAGCUGUCCAUCCAGAGGAUAGCUUGUUCUUUCUCCAAAAGUCAGGACUUCAGAUGUCUCUUCCACUUUGAUGAAGCCCACGGACGACUUUUCAUCUCAUUUAAUAACCAGCUCGGACUGUUGGCAAUGAAAAGCGAGGCCGGCAAGAGGGUGAAGAGUCACAAGAAACCAGUCACUUGUGCUCUUUACAAUUCAGUCUUGAAGCAGGUAAUCAGCUGUGAUGAGGGGUCUACUGUUGCCUUCUGGAUGAUAGACACUGGGCAGAAAAUCAAACAGUUUACUGGUUGCCAUGGCAAUGCAGAAAUCAGCACUAUGGCCCUUGAUGCAAAUGAGACCCGGCUUUUGACUGGCAGCACAGAUGGGACCGUAAAGGUAUGGGACUUCAAUGGAUACUGUCACCACACCCUAAAUGUUGGGCAAGAGGGAGCUGUGGAUAUUUCACAGAUUCUGGUUCUUAAGAAGACAAUACUGGUUACAGGCUGGGAGAGGGCUAUUACUGUGUUCCGUCUACAAAACUUCAAUCAAUAUUUCAUCCAGCCUGAGAAAUGGAAAGGUGGAAUACAGCACUGUGAUGAUAUCUUGUGCGCUGCAUUUUUACCUCCACAAACUCUUGUUACAGGAAGCUAUGAUGGAGAAAUUAUUCUGUGGAACAACAACACAGAAAACGCUCACUACGUCCUUCACCCUGAUUACCGGAGGCUGCUAAAAUCAAAAUGGGAUACAGAGCCUCAGAAGCUUCUCAGUGCUGGGAGGAGCCACUCUGCCUGCCCCAGUGCAAACCAGGCUACCCUGGGACCCUGCUCCUUUGAGACAAACACCAAAUACAAUAAUGCUGUUGUGAGGCUUUGCAUCCUUGAAGCAAGAAAAAACACUGCAGAGACAGGAGGAGCUAACCUGGUCUCAUGUGGAGGUUCUGGCUAUGUCAGGUUCUGGGACACAUUUAAGAAGCAACUUCUGGCUGAAUUUUUGGCUCAUGGUGGAGUUGGAUCCAUUAUAAUGUCUACUGAUAAGUCAAACCAAUACCUUGCCACAGGAGAUCUGGAUGGACAGUUGAAAAUCUGGAAUAUAGAAGAGUACUGUCUUAAUUCCAGUAAGAGCAAAAUCACACAGGCCCCAACUCUGAUAAGAUCAUUCCGACCUCAUGAAGCCCGGAUAAGUUCCUUAGAGAUGUGUAAGCCGGGCGGCCGCCUACUGAUUAUCUCCUCCUCUGCAGACUGCAGCAUUUGUGUGACUGACGUCUUCGGUGCUCCUGUCUGGAUCUUUGGUCAGGAAAAGCACUGGCAAAUUGAAAACAGUUUUUCCCUUCCUAAAAGGGAUACUAAUGUAAUGAAAAGUGAGAGUCAAGAAGAAAGCAUAAGAGAAAUUCCUUUACUUUCUAAGGAGGAAUCAUGUUUAGACCUACCAGAACUUUCUCUACUUGAUAAGAAAAACAAAGAUGGCUCCACAUACAAUGUCAGACCAUCAGAAGUCAUAAAUUUAGGUAUAAAAUAUAAGGAAAGAAAUAUCUUGAAGAAAAAAACACAUAACCUUUACAAGGGAGAAUUUAUACAAAAAUCAUCCAGUGCAUUCAGGUCAUUAAGUAUCGGAGCCCUGAAAGAGCUGCCUGAAGUGACGAAACCAGCUUUUCUUUGGGACCCAGAGAAAUACUUCAGGGAAGAGCCAAAGGAGGAGUGUUCCCAAAUUCCGGAGCCUCCAUUGCUCUCCGAAACUUUGAACGCUGUAUUUGAUGAGAAAAACCUGUUCCCCAAAGAAAUUCUGGAUCGUGAACGAAGAGCCAAGCAAUUAUAUCAAGAAACAAGUAGUGAAGUGAAGAUUAAAAGAAAUAAGAAGCAAUUAUAAUUGAAACAAAAAUAAAUAUUUCAUUGUCACAUAAAAUAUGAAUAUAAAAUGUGGAGAGGAAUCAAGAA